AUGGCAAAGGGAAAGUCCAAUAGGUUUAUGAACCCAGCUGAUCGAGAGAGGAAGAAGCAGCGUGCUCAAGAGUUGAAGAAGAACAAAAAACAAAGAACUCAAGUACGACAAGCUUUGGUCAAAGGCCGUGAUCCAGAAGAAUUGUUGGCUCAGCUACGACGGUUAGAUGAGCAAGGUAUGUUAAUAUAUCUUUUUUUUCUUAUGUUUUUAGAUUUGGAUCCAAAUGGCGAGUUGUCCAAGCAUGUUAUUGCUGAUAAGCGUGGUAAAUGCCUGUUUGCAUACGAACAACAGCUGGAAUUGUAUAAACAGGAGAAGGAUGAAAACCAGAUCUCAAGAUUGGAGAACAUGCUCAAAGCUUAUAAGGUCGAGAGGAAGCGGAGAGAAGAACAUUACCGUAAGUUACACCUUGUUUAAAAGGUAGAUUUUAUUUUUUAUUUUAACAUUAGACGUAUAAAAGAAUGGAAUACAUUAUGAUUGAACAACGCUUUUCAUGCAAAUUUCUGAUUAUUUAGAAGCGAUUAUGUUUUCAAAUGACAUGAAUUUGGGAGAUAUUCCACUUCCUUGUGGUUCAAUGAUGCCAGAAGCUGCUAUGACACCUUUUAUACCCGCUCCACCGCUACCUCCAAAGUUUGAUGAGGAGCAAAAGACACAAAAGAAGCCAGUUAAAAAAGAAGUUAAGAAAACACCACCAGGACCUCCUAGUGGAGUUCCACCCAACUUUGACGAUGAUUUAGAUAUUAGUAGAUCGAGAAAACCAGAAUACUUGAAACAACCAGAAGCUGAACCGGAUUGGGACGACUACGAUGUUGAUGAUGACGACAUGGGACCAGUCCCUAUUCCGGAUGAACUAAUGCCACUACAGUCUGGAUUCCCGCCAGUUAGGUCGAUGGUUUCAGCUCCGAUUAUACCUCCAAACAUGGCGCCUCCUCCGCCGCCAAUGCCGCCAAACUUUGUCAGACCGUCGUUUGAUCCUACACGAAGGUUUGGUGGUCCUCCGCCAAUACAUAAACCAAUUAAUGUACGUUUGCAAGUUAUUUUGAGGGCAGAAAGGCGUUUUGAUUUCAGUUUUUAUUCUGUAACGUUAAAAGCUUUUUAAAAACAUUUAAAAACGAACAAAAAUUUGUUUUAAACUUAUUUUAAGAUUUUGGGCAUAAAAAAUAUUUUUUUUCAGACCUUUGCUCGUCCACCAGUACCAGCUCAACGUCCAUCUUUAGCGCCACCAACGGCUUCAGGAGAAGCAGUGAUAUCGGCCGCUCCACAAAUGAGAAAUUUCAAAAAAGAAACUACCAAAUUUGUGCCAGCAGCUUUGCAAGUUCGAAGGCCUGCUACCCAAUUCAAACCAAAGCCGAUUUCCCGAAAACCGGUAGGGAAGCCAAGGCAACAACAAGCUGACACGGCACCAGCUGUGGCUGGAAGUGCUGAUAAAGCAUGCGACGAUUUCUUACGAGAAAUAUCAGAUCUUUUGUAA